UAGGAAUCUGAGAAUCGUUCUCAAACAAGAGCGUAAAGAAUAUGUCCUUGACCAACCAAUUCCUGCUGAACCAGCGACCAAUGCUGCUAGAGCCAUUAGAGAUGCUUAUGAAAGGCAUGUCCAUGAUGAAGUUGAUGUCACUUGUCUGAUGUUAACUAUCAUGGAAGCUAAUCUUCAGAAACAGUUUCUGAAUCGUCGUGCACAUGACAUCUCUAAUGAACUCAAGAACUUGUUUCAGAAACAAGCACGGAUCGAAAGGUUCGAGACGACCAAAGCUUUGUUUCACACAAGGCUUACUGAUGGAAACCCAGUUGGACCUCACGUGCUCAAGAUGAUUGGGCUUAGGGAUCACCUGGAAAGACUUGGAUCUCCAAUUAGUCAAGAGUUGGCUACUGAUGUGAUUCUCGCAUCACUCACUCCGGCAUAUGACCAGUUCAUCAUGAACUAUAAUAUGCAUGGUCUUGAGAAGACCUUAACCGAAUUGCAUGGAAUGCUCAACUCUGCUGAGCAAAACAUCAAGAAAAAUCGGAGUGACAUUUUGAUGGUCAAAAAGGGGAAGGGAUUCAAGAAGCAUGGUAAUGGCAAGGUUGGUGGAAAAAAGAAAUCCAAAACCCUGGUUAAGAACUCGGGUAAAAGCAAAUCGGUUGCUAGCUCGUCUUCUAAAGAAGAGCAAAAAUGUUUCCACUGCAACAAAACUGGUCAUUGGAAGCGGAAUUGCAAGGCGUAUUUGGAGGAACUGAAAAGGAAGGGGCAUGGUGAUGCUUCCAAUUCAGGGACUAACAAGGAGUAGAAGGCUGGCUAAAGGUGAAGUUGACCUACGAGUAGGCAACGGAGAAAAAGUUGCAGCAUUAGCA